AUGCCCAUCACUUCGAAGGUGGAUGUCUACAGUUAUGGAAUUGUUGUGCUAGAAAUGCUCACCGGGAAGAACCCAACUGAAAGCAAUCUUCAAUCGGUUGAAGGUGGAGGAGAGACACACAAGAAGAUGAUGGCACAAUGGGUGAUGGAAAAAAUGAAUGGAGCAUUAGCAAAUGCAGAGACCAAAAUGGGAGGUGAAAAUGAAAAGGGUAAGCUGGAAAUUCUUGUUAAAGUGGCGCUCCAGUGUAUAGAGGAAGACAGAAAUGCAAGACCCUCUAUGAGUCGAGUAGUUGAGAUGCUUCUACAUCAUCAAUUUCAGGGGUGA